AUGGCGUCAUGGGCGUCGAUCAACAGUGGCCGUCCGUCGGCGUCGUCUCCACUGCGCGUGAAACGCAUUCGACUUUCUAAUGACGUUGGCUCUGGAGUGGACUCUCCAAUGUCACCGUCAACGGCAGCUUGGAAGAAGAAGAAGAGCGCAUCCGUGUCCAGCGAAACAGAAGAAGCACUGGAGGCCAGGCUCACAGCAUCUUACGACAAAGCGUUGAGGUCCCACCAUGUUCCAGAGGUGGCCAUUUCGAUGUACGCAGAUAUGCUGGAGCACGUCCAGGGCAUGGGGCGGACCCCUUCCUUUACGACGCGCAAGAUAUUGUACUUGUGUCUGAAAAACAUGGCGCGCCUUGAAGCCAAGUACGACCCUCCCUUCCUCCAAGACGCGUUGCAGCAUUAUGCCGAGGCAUUGGAGAUCGACGACACGGACUGCAUCGUUUGGUACGACAUGGGGUGCAUCUCGUUUCAGCUGCAUCAAUUUGCGUUGGCGCGCAUGCUAUUUGAGCGGGCCUUUUGCAUCGACGCCACUUUUUGGCCGCUGGUAUACAAGCUCGCGUCCACGCUGUACAUUUUACAAGAUGACAGCGCCGCCCUCCAAGUGAUCGACCAUAUUUUGAUGCACGACCCACACCAUGAGACUGCACUUUAUCUGAAGGCCUCCAUCACGCACCCUUCACCGGCCCCCACGUCACGGGUUCCACCUGGUCUUGUGGACGUACUAAAGUGUCGAAACGAUGUCACACGUUGCGACACCGUUCAACACGAAGCCCUGUCCCCCUUGGUGUACAAGCUACUGGACCGUUCGUGGGAGUCGUUGGGUUGCUUGCUCUUGGAAAUACACGACGCCAACGUGCAGACGUCGGCCGGUGAUCCACUUCGCCCGACGACGCACGUUCCUAUUUACAUCGCUCUCGACAGUGCCAGUCGUAUCACAGACACGCUUCAGGAACCAAGCGACGAGGUCCUCCCACAACAACCCCAACCGCCGCCGACCAUGGAAAUUACUCCAGUGCAAACCCCAACCAUCGAAACCCUUGAGAAGCUGGAAUCCACUGCCGCCGAUGCGACCCCAGGCGACGACGUGCCCCAAGACAUGUCGUCGUCUUGUGCCCCCCUGUCACCGUCGUCACAUCACUACCGACGGACGUCGCAUCGCACGUUGAAGCGACUGCAAGACGAACAACUCGCCGCCUCCAAGUUCGCCAUGGAAAAAGAUGUGUCCUAUCGCUUGAUGGCGUUUUUGGGCGCCGAGUCGGAUCUUCCACCGCCUGCGACGCUGAUUCAGUCGCCGACUCGAGCGGAACUCAGUGGCGAUGGAGCGUCCCUCCACAUUAUGGUUAGCGACGGAGCAGCAGUCAGCCACCACCUUGCACUCACAAAGGCUGGAGCGUCCUCACCUGCCAAGAGUACUCCAAUGAAAACGGAACCUGCUGGUGACGUGGCGCUACCAUUUGACACGUCGUCGUUCGUGGCGAUGUGUGCCUCUGGGGUCCCUUCCAACAAGGGCAUCGGAGACGUGAUGCUCCGUUACAUUGAAACAUGCGUGGAGCGAUGUGAUGUGGUCCUAGGCGACAACCUCGUGCGAGUGCUGUUGUGGAUGGACAAGUGUAUUCACGAUACUCUGGGCCCCCUCCCUCUCCCCGUAUCGCAUGUUCAAAGCAAACUCUCACGUGCGGCCCGCCUCUUCAUCUUGGAAUUGCAAGUGGACGACUUAAUCUCGAACUACGACCCCAUGACCCACAGCCGCCCGGACUUCGACCUCGCCCUCCAUCGAUGCCAAUGUCUUCUGAACUUGAUGCAGUUGGAAGAUCCUGUUGACGACCAAGUUCUGAAACCGCGCUUGUUGUGGCUGCAAAUCCACCUGAGCGAAUACGCUGGCCGAUUCAACCACGUAGCGGCACUCGUGGCUGACUUGAAGGCCAUUUUACGCGACGACGUUCACCUGGGACAUGUCAAGGCCUUCCCAACCAUCUCAACCAGUGCCAUCGAAGCCAAAGUGCACAAGUUUCAACUGGCGUCUUUGGUUAUCGACGCGAGAGCGUUGUUCCAGCGUGGUGAAUCGACCGACCAACAGAUCGCUGACCUUGUCUUGCCUCACUAUGACCCGACUCUGGGCCAAGCCGGUCAUAUUAAUGAGCUAGUGACCGACGUUUGUGUCUAUUUGCGAAACUACCCAGCCAACACCGCCUACAUCCACAAACCCAGCCCAGAUCACGACAACUUGCCGCUUCUCCCCGUGCUAAUCCAGUGCCUGAGUCGCCUUCAGCGUUUUGACAAGUGCUUUGAAGUGCUAGUCUUGUGCUUUUUCUACGCCUUGCAACGAACGACUCCCCCUGGCAAUGCCUCUAUUCAAUGCAUCAAGUACAUUGCCUCGCAGUUGAAACUCGUGUUUGACAAACCCUUUGCCAAGCCCGCGUUGUUUACGCACUUGCUGGACGCUUGCUGCUUUGGCUACCGAGACGUCAUGCUCACGCACCACAAGUCGGCCAAAAUGCUCCAUCGACUCGCGUACUUGUUGAGCCCAUUCCACAAAAUCCGAUUUAUGGGCAGCAUCUUGCAGACCUGCCACGGCAUCAUGGACUUGCGAUCGAAGCCGCCCCACGACGCGAUGGUGUCGAUGGUGUUGGGAGCGCUGCAGGAGCUCAACCGAUGCUUCAUCCCGACCAUGCAAUCCACGCGCCUGUUGGACGCGCAGCUGGCGCAGUCCCUCUGUAACCCCAUCGCACACAUCAUCAAGCACCAAGUCGACGUCGGCAAGUACACCCCCCAGCUACGACGUUUACUGUACACGUCCUGUACAUCGUUUGCGCUCGUGUGGUUUGAUGUCCACAAGGGCCUCGCCACCCCCUGCGUGGAGCUGGUGCGGCUGCUGCACGACAUCAUGACGACUGGCGACGGAUUGCAGGGCAGGGGGCUGUGCACGCUGGAAACCCACGCGUGCAGCUUCUUGCAAGUGGCCAAGAGCAUGCUGAGCCAGUCGCAAGAAGACGACACGGACGAGGAAUUGGCACAGUGCUUUGCGUGCCUGUACGGGUACAGCCUCUUGCCCACGUGCGUGAGCCACCACGGGCACGACCUCGUCAAAGCCACCGCUCCGACCACGUUGAUGGAGCUGUUUCAGUUUUGCCAACGUACCGACAAGAAGCUCGUGCGAAAGGAAUCUGCGACGCUGUUUACCAGCGUGUUGGAGCUUCCAGACACCACGGCAACGCUGCAAACCCUGGUCCCUGUCAACGAUUUUCAAAACGCCCUGAAAGACUAUUUGAAUCCAGUUGCAACCCAUGCAACGCACGUCAUCUGUCCGAUGUCGUUUUCUGGGGAUGUUGAGUCCGCCAACCACAAGCAGCAGCCGAACCCGAUCAAGGCGCUGUGGUUCGACUUGGCAUCCAACUUUGCAUUGCCCAAAGUCAAGCGACGGGGUCGCGAUUACCCCCAGCUGCUGGUGUACGAAGUGCAGUGCAUCAAGUACAUCCAGUACCUCCGCAACGACCUGUACCUGCAUCCCCGUCGCGCCGAGUCCUAUCGCCUCAUCGCGGUCUGCAUCAAGUCGUUGCGGGCGAUGCUUGUCGACCACUGGAUCGUCGCGUGGGGCAACUUUACCUACCCCAAGGAGCAGUCAUGUGUCGACUUGACGCCCGCAAAUGCCUUGUCGUUUGACGCGGUCACGUCAUAUCCGUUCUUCAAGCAGUUUAUGGAAUGGAUCGAGUUUGUGCAGCAAGCCGCGGACGACGACGACACGAGUCGACGGGAAGUGCUGUACAAAACCCGAGAAAUGUCGCUCGUAUACGCGCAGUACGUGGCGGUGCUGGGCGAGCUGAUGCUCCGCUGCUGCGAUAUGGCGGCGAUUCUCGAUCCUACCAUGGCCACUGCAUGCUACGAAGAAGCAGGGCUGUUGGUGUGGAGGCUUCUGGCCGAGUCAACCUGUGGUGACGAGUGGUCUGUCACGAGUCUGGCGGAACACUAUUUUGCGCUUGGGUUGCUGCAACCCGACGUGGCCGACGAGUACGGUCUGCGACUAAAUUACAUGCUUGGAAAAGUGACCAAGUAUGCAAUCAAGAAGGAUCGAUCUGACUGUCUGGACGAGUGGAAGGUGGCGCUCGAGUACUUUCACACAGCCGAGACGUACCGGCAACGCAGCGACACCCUCGAGUCGCUUCCCCAUGCAUUUUAUCAGCUGCACGCAUGCCGACUCAAGCUGUUGCUUGCGCCCGUGAACAAGUCGGGUGAAAAGCAAACUCGGGACGAACUGGCCCCGUCCGUCCACGCGCUGCGGCUGGUCAACGAGUACUUUUACGUGAAGCGACCGGUGAAACCAUCGACCAGUAGUGACAUGUCGACCGACGACGGACUGGACUGGACGCAGGACCGGAUCGGUCAGCUGUUGGCAGGGGACGAUGCGUCGCUCUGGAAGGCGCGCCAACAUUUGCUGUGGAAUUGCUUGGAGGCCAUGGAGCGUAUCCCCCUAGACGACCGGUACUUCCACCCAGCGUACUACAUGUAUGCAUGGGGUAUUCGCUACGGUCAAGCCGUGGUGGAUCUCGACAACGAGUUUUGGGCAGAUCGGUGUACCCUUCCGUCGGCUGUGAAAGCCAUGAAGCCCCUAUUCGACCGAAAACGUCAACAGGUCGUGGCGAUUUGGCUCUCGGAGGCAGAUACUAACAAUUUGGAGGAGUUGCACCAACAGCAGGCCAAGUACGACCAACUCCGGUUGAAGUACUUUACGUUUUACCUGCACACGAUGACGUUGGCUGGCGACUCACAGCGCGUGUCGGACCUGACGUCGUGGGUGCUGUCGAGCAAGGAAGAGCACUGGGUGGUGGACGCCAUGCUCCUGAAAGCGUUGUCUGCUAGCAGCCAAUUGGCACGGGGAAAACUGCUCGACUUGUUUGUCAAGUGUUUGUUUCCGAGCCAAGAAGAAGCGAAUUACCAGUCCAAAGUCCUCGCCCACUUGAAUCGCAUGUACACGAUUUAUCUAGAGUACAACGAAGCUUGGCAUCGAGUGCGCACGUCCCACGAGCAAUCGAUGGGCAGUUGGAUUUGGGAAGUGGCGCUGUCGUAUGCGCUGUACGUGGUGGUGCACGAGCAAAACAUCAAGUGGUGUGACCUAGCGGUGGCCCACGUGGAAAGGACGUUGAUUCAGUACUCCCAGUCGCCUGCUGCCGGCCCCGACGUGCUCAUGCUGGAUCUGUACCAAGAGCUCAAGAUGGAAGAGCAACCGUAUUGGUCCACAUUGGUGGACGAAGCGCUGACGUUUUGCUCCGCCAAGUGGCCAGACAAAACCAAGACCAAGGCCAAACCCCAUGUGCCAAAGUCCAAGCUCCGGUUUCUGACUUCUGCAUCGUAG